CCACAGCCCAGCGAUCUCCUCUCCUCUCCGGCUCCCCACGCUCUCUCUCUCCCGCCUCCGAUGCGCGAUGUCGGCGUCCUUCUCCGCCGCGCCGCCGCUCGCCGUCUUCGCGUCCCUCCUCACAGCGCGCCGCUUCGCCAAGGCCAAGUCCAUGCUAUCCUCCCUGCUGACGCCGGACUUCCUCGCGGUGCCGUUCCCGGAACUCGCCGCCGCCUCCCUCCCGCCCGGCGCGCCGCCGCACGCCGUGGCGGCCUUCCACGACAUGCUCUUCCGCGCCUACGCCGACGCUGGAGCCGCCGACCGCGCCGCCGAGGCGCUCGACCUCACCGUCUCCCGCCUCGGCCGCCUCGAUCAGCGCUCGCUCACGUCCUCCCUGCUUUCCCUACGCCGCGCCGGGCAGCUCGCCGCCGCCGCCGACCUCCUUAGGCGCGCGCUCACCUCCUGCCCGGAAUCUUUGUCGCCACUCUCCGCGUCUGUGGUCGUCGACGGGUUGUGUAAGGCCGGCCGCGUUGCGGACGCUCGCCAGCUGCUCGACGAAAUGCCUCGCCAUGGCUACAAGCCGAAUGCGCUGUGCUACAACUCACUGCUUGACAGCUACAAACGCCAAAAGGAUGGCAACCAGGUCGCGGAGGUGCUCAGGAUCAUGGAAAAUGAAGGGAUUGAGGCCACAGUUGGGACAUUCACUAUCCUGGUGGAUGCUUUGUCGGCAGCCAAUGAUAUCGACAAGGUUGAAGCUCUGAUCAAUGAGAUGAAGACAAAGAAUGUCCCAGGGGAUGUGUACUUCUACACAGCAGUCAUCAACGCAUACUGUCGUGCAGGGAAAGUGCGGAAGGCCUCCGAGGUAUUUGAUGAAUGUGUUGGCAAUGGUAUUGAGCCCAAUGAGCGUACAUUCGGUGUAUUGAUCCAUGGAUUCUGCAAGAUGGGGCAGAUGGAGGCUGCAGAGAUGUUGCUUGAAGAUAUGCAAGGGCGAGGUGUUGGGCAUAACCAAAUUAUUUUCAAUACGGUGAUUGAUGGUUAUUGUCGUAAAGGGAUGGUGGACAGUGCUCUUAAAAUAAAGGUGGUCAUGGAGAAAAUGGGCAUUGAACUGGACAUCUACACAUACAACACAUUAGCCUGUGGGCUUUGUAGGGUGAAUAGAAUGGAUGAGGCCAAGACACUAUUGCAUAUCAUGAUUGAGAAGGGCGUGGCGCCAAAUUAUGUCAGCUACACUACAUUGAUCAGCAUAUAUUGCAAGGAAGGUGACAUGGUGGAGGCUAGACGGCUGUUCAGAGAAAUGGCAGGGAAAGGGACAAUGCCCAGUGUUGUGACCUACAAUGUUAUGAUGGAUGGGUACAUCAAGAAGGGGAGUAUCCGCGAGGCUGAGAGGUUCAGAAAGGAGAUGGAGAAGAAAGGGUUUGUUCCAGAUGUAUACACUUAUGCAUCGCUAGUUCAUGGCCACUGUGUCACCGGGAAGGUGGAUGUGGCGCUGAAGCUGUUUGAAGAAAUGAGGCAGAGGGGAACGCAACCAAAUGUCGUGGCAUAUACGGCUCUGAUAUCAGGUCUGGCAAAGGAAGGGAGAUCAGAGGCGGCGUUCCAGCUAUACGAUGAUAUGUUGAAAGCUGGAUUGACUCCAGAUGAAUCCGUAGAUUGCCCUUCUCUUCCUGGAUUGCAGACCUAAUCUCCUCCAUUUCCUAGAAGGAAAACAAGAGGAUGGUGUGAUGCUCCUGGAGACUGAACUAAAAGGAGGAUGCAAAGACGUCAGAAAGAAGGCACACCAAUUUCAGCUGCUCCACUUCAGAGUCGAGUCCCUUCUUCAGACCUUGGAGUUCCUGUAUGUAACACAGUUGUCAGCACUGCAUAUCAUACCGUAUCUGUCUGGCAUGAUAUUCGUUACUAGAAGCAGCCUUCAGACAAUGGCACACACGUAUGGGCUAUGCUCUAUUGACUAUGAAGUUUACAAGCUGAGGGAGAAAGCACGAACUCA